GAUAUAUCCGAAAUACAUUAGAUAACUGGCUUUUUUGAUAAAUUUAAAGCAUGUCUUUUUGCCUCGCCUUUUUGCGUUGCUAGAUAAAAAAUAUAGCUUCUCGCCAUUAGCAUUGAAAGGGACGGGACAUUUAUAAACAAUUAAAAACCAUAUAGGCAGCUCAGCAAAUAUGUAUAUUCACUUAAAAAUGCAUUAAUUAAACACUUAACAAUACGUAUAAAGUUCGUCUGAAUGACGAACGGAGUAAUGACGGAGCCUUAAGGUUUUUUCAAAGUGCGUCGCCCCCUAAGAAGAAGAAGAAGAAGAAGAAGAAGAAGAAGAAGAAGAAGUCUAACACAAGUCUAACACAAGAGUUCAAGUCUCGACCUUCCCUGGAUGUACUACACUAGACAUGGAUGACUAUAUUAAGCCAGUAUUAAGAAAAAAACCUGACAAAUUGAUUCUACACGUCGGCACAAAUAGCCUAAAGGGUCGUGAGAAUUCCACUCAUUGCGCAGAAGAAAUUAUAUCAUUGGGAGAAAAAAUAAAGAGAUCAAUCCCCGAGACGGAGCUAGUCGUGUCUGGCCUUGUCACGCGUUCAGAUGACGAAAUGCUAACACGUAAAGUCAAUGAAGUCAACGCAGCGCUGAAGGAAUCUUGUAUUCAGAAACAUUGGAAAUUCAUCGACCACACUAACAUUACAAUUAACCAAUUAAACCAGAGUAGAAUCCACCUCAACAAAAUGGGAUCAAGUAUGAUGGCACGAAAUUUUACAAACUAUAUUUACGAUAGGAAUUGUUAGGAUACAGCCAUGUGGGAGUCCGUAAGUAAUAAUGCUGACGAACAAUCUAGAUUAGAUGAAGAAAUGCCAACAAAAGUGGGUGAGUUAAACGAACCAAGUUAUUCUAAUAGAAAUAGCCUACCAUAUAUAAACGUAGACAAAAUACCAUCUCAUCGUGGUAUGGUUAUGGCUUGUUUGAAUAUUAAUAGUCUCUUAUCCCAUAUUGAUGAAUUACGAAUAUUUACAAGUAGCACUAAAAUAGACAUAUUAUGUAUAAACGAAACCAAGCUUGAUUCCACAAUUACCGAUCAGGAGGUCUGUCUACCAGGUUUUGAAAUUGUUCGAAGAGACCGAAGUGUAAAUGGCCGUUAUGGCGGCGGCGUUUGCAUUUAUAUUCGGUCUAACAUUAAUUAUAAAAUAAGACAUGAUUUACAUUUGGAAACUCUCGAAAAUUUGAUAGUAGAAGUAAAAAAACCAAGAUCAAAAUCUAUUUUGGUUAGUACUUGGUACAGACCACCUGACUCUCCUGCGAGUCAUUUCGGUGAUUUUGAAAAAAUGAUCGGUUCAUUUGAUGCGGAGAAUUUAGAGUAUUUCCUGCUUGGUGACCUAAAUGUAGAUCUCUUGCCAACAACUGGAUCACUGAACAGUAAUAAAUUGACAGAUAUUAGAUAUCUAUGACAUAGAGCAGUUGAUAAAUGAAUCUACCAGAAUUACCGCUACAACUAGUACUCUAAUUGAUCUUUGUCUUACUAAUACACCCUCUAAUAUUGCAAAAUCGGGUGUCGUACAUUUAUCAAUUAGUGACCAUUCAUUAGUCUAUAUGAUACGUAAGGCUCAUUAUGUACGAGAAGGUACUAGAACAGUGGAAAUUAGGUCAUUGAAGAAUUUUAAUAGAGAAAGCUUUUUAAGAGAUUUAGAACAAAAACAGUGGCAUAACAUAUGUUGUUCCCAGGAUCCAAACGAAAUGUGGGAGAUGUGGAAAAACAUGUUAAUGGCAACAAUUGAUAAGCAUGCACCACUUAGAUCUAGACGCACUAGAAAGCGUAAAUCCCCUUGGAUCACAAAUGAAUUAAAGCGCAGGAUAUAUAAUAGAGACUACUUAAAAAAGAAAGCUAUUUCAUCAAAUGACCCUCAUGUUUGGCAAGAUUAUAAACAAGCUCGAAAUCAAACUAAUGCCGAAAUUAAGAAACUUAAGCGAGAUUAUUUCACAAAAAAUCUAGAGCUCAAUAAACAUAAUAUGAAAAAGACAUGGCAACUAAUUAAUGAAUUGAGCUCUAGAAAUACUGGAAAAACGAAAAGAAUAAGUGAAAUAAAUUUGGGGGAACAAGACAUAACCUCGCCUGUUGAAAUAGCCGAAGCAUUUAACAGCUACUUUUCUAGUGUUGGUGACAACCUUGCCGCCGAAAUACCAUAUCCUGAUCAUGAUCCGAAUUUCUAUCUUAAACCAUCCGAUAAAACGUUUUCAUUGCAAACUCCGACUGUUGAUACCGUUCACAGAUUUUUUAGUACAAUUGAUGAGAAGAAAUCUGUUGGUCUAGAUAAAAUACCCAAUAAGUUAUUGAAAUUAGCGGCAGACGUGAUUGCGCCUUCUUUAACUGGAAUAUUUGCUACAUCUAUAAAUACAGGAAUAUUUCCGCGUGAGUUGAAGGCGAGCAGGGUGUCACCAAUAUUUAAGAGUGGUGCUAAAACUGACCCAAGUAACUAUCGGCCUAUAUCCGUUAUUCCAGUGGUUGCAAAAAUUUUUGAAAAAAUCAUUUUUGAUCAAUUAUAUGAAUAUCUUAAUACGAAUAAGCUGUUAAGUCCCUGUCAAUCUGGAUUCCGAUCAAUGCAUAGCACUUUAACGGCACUAAUUGAGGCUACAAAUAGUUGGUCCGUUAAUAUUGACAAUGGACUAGUAAAUGGAGUUGUUUUUAUUGAUUUAAAGAAAGCUUUCGAUACGAUUGAUCACGACAUUAUGUUGCUAAAACUUGAAAAUUAUGGAGUUGAGCGAAAUAGCCUAACUUGGUUUAAAUCGUAUCUCACCGAUAGAACUAAAAAAUGUCUGGUCAAUGGUCAAUUGUCAAACUCCGUCCCAAUAACCUGUGGCGUUCCUCAGGGAAGCAAUUUGGGGCCACUACUUUUUCUUGUCUAUAUUAAUGAUUUACCAAACUGCCUCAAUCAUACAACACCCAGAAUGUUUGCAGAUGAUACGAGCGUCAGCUACGCCUCAAAUUCUGUUGAAGAACUGGAAAAUAUCAUGAACUCUGACCUCAAAAAUCUCAAUAGUUGGCUUACAACCAAUAGAUUAAGCUUAAAUAUCGUAAAAACAGAGUUUAUGAUUAUUGGUUCUCGCCAGAAAAUAAGAGUUAUAGAUGGGGAAAUGAAUAUUAAGAUAAAUGAUAAUAACAUAAAUAGGGUUGAUUUCGUCAAAUCCUUAGGGCUACACAUUGACGAACACCUUUCUUGGUCAGUACAUAUUCGCAAAUUAUGUAAAAAAAUUGCUUCAGCUAUAGGCGCUUUAAAACGCAUUAGACCGUUUAUUACCAUGAACACUGCUAUUCAAGUUUACCAAUCUUUAAUUCAACCUCAUUUUGACUACUGUUGCUCGGUCUGGGAUGGUCUUGGUGAAACAUUAAGCUGUAAAAUACAGAAAUUACAGAACCGAGCGGUAAGGGUCAUUACGAGGUCUAGCUACGAUACCAGGGCAAGCACCCUAUUAAAUACUUUACACUUAGAUCGCCUUUUCUUAAGACGCAAAAAGCUUAAGGCUGGCCUAAUCUUAAAGACUCUCAAAGGGAAUGUACCGUCAUAUCUACAAGACUUUUUUUCAGUUCGUGACACAGGGUACAAUUUAAGAAAUUCUGAGACAAGAUUAAAUUUGCCCAAGCCACGAACAAAUUACUUAAAACGAAGCUUUUGUUAUAGUGGUGCCUACUUGUGGAACAGUCUUCCUCAAGAUAUACGAAAGCUUCAAACAUUUCCACAAUUUAAGAAAGCUAUAGAUAAGUAUUAUAAUAAUUCAAGUGAAC